UCUAAUGUACACUAUUAAGUGAAAUCGUGUAAGGUUCGUUUCGCUUGUUUAAAAAGAUACUAAGAAAAAAUGUCUGGUCGUGGCAAAGGUGGAAAAACUAAGGGAAAGGCAAAGUCUCGUUCUAAUCGUGCUGGACUGCAAUUUCCUGUUGGUCGUAUUCAUAGACUUCUUCGGAAAGGAAAUUUCGCAGAACGUGUUGGUGCCGGAGCUCCAGUAUAUCUUGCUGCUGUAAUGGAAUAUUUGGCAGCUGAAGUAUUGGAAUUAGCUGGUAACGCUGCUCGUGAUAAUAAAAAGACCAGGAUUAUUCCUCGUCAUCUUCAACUGGCCAUUCGUAAUGACGAAGAAUUGAAUAAAUUACUUUCUGGCGUUACUAUUGCUCAAGGUGGUGUAUUACCAAACAUUCAGGCAGUGUUGUUGCCAAAGAAAUCAGACAAGAAAGCAUAAUUAUAUAAAGAAUCCACAAUAGAACUGGCCCUUUUCAGGGCCACAGAAUAAAUCAAUACAAAGGAA